AUGUUGCAAUUAUUGACAGUCGCGCUGUUCUUGGCGUGCGCUGAUGUCGCUGCGGCACAGGAGCACUGGAUAACGUAUGGAAAUGUGACGGCUCCCGGAUUCAAAGAUUUCCGAGGACAGUAUCUGAUUGUGAGUGCUGCUUGAGACAAAAAGUCAUGGUAAUUAAUUAUCGUGGCCUCAAAUUCUGUCGCACCUUACGAAAAAAGUAGUGUUGCGAAAUUGAGAACGAUUGCCUAAAGUACUCCAAAAAGGCCCAAUCGGGUCUUGGCUUUGCGUUUUACCUUUAUUGGCAACCGCAAUUUUCGCUUUGAGACUCAGAAUUUUAAUUGUUGAGGGCCGAUUUGGGUCUUGCCGGAGCACGGUAACCCAGGGAGUCUCCCUGCUCGUUUCGGCACUUUGCACACCCAGUAUCGGCCAAAUUCGCACGAAAUUUUACAACAGAAUUUUUCGUGUGGUUUUUCGAUGGAAAAAUAUUUUUCUCGAAAUUAUGUUAUUGCUUUUGUCAGUUGUGACACUUCGUUUGGACGAAACUCAAAAGUGGGCGGGGGGCAUUGUUGUUCUAUUUCGGUUUGCCGUGCGUUGGCUCGGUUGGCCCGGAAAAAGUCGGCCCGGCCCCGGAAAUUUUGAAACACGCAUGGCCUGGCCCCACAACCAUGUUUAGUCCUGUCUUUGGAAAUUUCAAAAAGGGGCUGGCCGGGCCCGACUUUUUCAGCUCCGGGCCUGGGGCCCAUCAGCCAUGUCUGGCCCCGAGUUAGCGCCAAAUUUAAACACCAAUACUCUUCAAAUACGGCGUAUAUUCCUUUGGCCUUCACGGAAAAAAAAAACUUCUUCAACACAGUUUUUUUUACAGGGCAUCAGCGUGUUUGCCGACGGCUGGCAUUCCAAAAAUUGUGCAGACGAUUCGACUGAUGUGACCGGCUAUUACAACAUCGACUGCAUACCAGAACCCGAUGGACCAAAGCGGCAGCGGAAACGGGUUUGCGUGUGAGUUUGGUAACUUUCGUAGGGUAGACUUACGGGAGAACAAAUUUAUAUACAUAUGUAUAAUAUUUACACGUCUAAUCUAACGAUAGGAAGUACUUCAAGUGCGACGCUCAGAUUUUGAUGAAAAUUGGCGUAAACUUAGAAUAACAUUUUUAUGGAACAUUCGAGACUCCCAACUCACGCUUUGCAGAAACAACCGGAAUUUUUUGGUAUAAUAUACUUUGGUAUAAUGGUAUAAUAUUAUCGAGACUUGGGAAAAAACGCGAUUUUUUGCCAUUUUUGACGAGAAGGGUUAUUUCUACUGUACAGACCUCCAUACAAAAAGUAAUUUUUUCCACGUAAAACUGGCAAAGAUCUGGUCAAAAAGUCUUCUGCUCUCUCUAACCGCUCUCCGCAUUUCGCGUACUCUCUCAGCCGCGAAGAUGGUUUAAUAUCUCGACUGCUUCUGCAAAGCACGAGCCAAAAUUUUAAGAAAUUGCUCUCUGUCUUAUGGCCGAAGCGCAUGCAAAAUUCAAAAACUGAACGUCGCGGUUGAGAUACUUCCCGUGAAAAAAGAAAGUAUUUAGCUACCACCGCCUCUAUGACAAAUGGUGCCGAGGAAAAUGCACUGGAUAUGUGACAAAGGUGAAGAAUAUCAAUUUUGAAUUAAGUCAAGACGAUCCGAUCAAGGAGCCAUAUUGCUAUGACGAAAAAUAUCCAGCAUAAAGAAUAAUAUUUUUUCGUUUUAUGUUUGUGAUAUAAAUAUUAUAAAUUACGGCAAUUUGACUUUACUUUAUAAAAAAUCGUGUCAAAUUGACAAUUCUAAUUUUUAUCUUUCAAAGAUUUUUUUUUUCCCGCUCGAAGAUUUUUUAAAAUGAAAACUCGCUUGCAAAUCGUUUCGUUUCCCUUCAACCAAAGCUUUAAUUUCGCAAAGAUGCACCUGAUUUUACCGGGCAGCCCAAAAUUGCAAGUUUUAAUAUUAUUACAUUAUCUUAUAAGCGCUUGACGUAUAAGGUUACCUUCCGAAUUUUCAGCAGAUCAACGUGCGUGCUGACGCCCGCUAUAAUUUUUGUGGUACGGCUGAAGCUGAUGUGCAUGGAAACUAUGAAGUUCAUUGCAUCCCGAGGAUCCUCCCGUUCACCGAUCCCAACAAGAAGGUCAUAGUGUACGUUGGUGUUGUGAAAUAG